CGAGCAAGGCUGCACACGCCCCUGCAGCUUUGAGGCAGUCGAGCGAAGGUAGAAGUAGUGCUAGUGCUACGAACAAAACGAGAACAGGCUUAGGAAAUAAGAAUGUCCAAGGCUACAAUGCAUCUGUUGCAAAAGUCGAGUCCGAUGACUAUUACUUGGUUGGAAACGAUGUUUCCAUAUCCAUUUCGCCGACCACAGGUCUGCUCCGCUCCCACGCAAGCAGCUCCAGUUGUGGGGAAGGUCAAGGUGGUCAGAUUGGAACCACCAGCCCCACAGAGCGCGAGACCCAGAAGUGCUCGGCCGAAAUCGCGAGGCAGCUCCUACUGUUUCUGGAACAGGAGAAUGACGACGAGGAAAUGAACGCUGGUGCGGGUCGUUUUUUUGAGGACUCCACCGCCGCAGAUGGAAAAGCGGCCACGGUUGCAGCAGCGACUUCAACCUGGCCUUUCACUGCAGCAGUACAUUAUGGAGAUCACCGAGACGCAACCGCAAGUAAAAUCGGUUCUGGUCAGGACAAGCAGCGCAAAUCUACUGUGGGCCACGCAUCCUGGACUGGGAUGCUGAACCAGAAGCUUCUACGACUCCGGCAUCGGCUGUACAGUGUAGCUGACGCGCUCCGAGAGACACGCGUCGACGCGCAAACUCUGCAGCAGUUUUUGCCGGCACACCAAGGCGGGGAAAAAACAUCCACACGGAUGUUGAGAAAUAUUAAAGGCGACGUUUUGAAGCAGAGCAAGCAGGAAGUAGGGAAAGAGCAGAUGCUGCAAUUCAGUCAGGAUGUGCUGCGUUUGGUCCGCUAUUUCCGGAAGAUGCGGCUGCUGCACGAAAAGGAUUGGAAGUCCUCUUCAACCACGUCACAUAAAUCCGGCGCAGAUGAUAUAAUCGUUGAGCAAACCUCAUAUCUAGGUGCCGCAAGUAGAGGGGGCGUAGCAAACGGUCAACAAAGCGAAGACCUUGUCGAUAACGAGUUCCGACACUUUUUCCCGAGCGAAGACUCCGCACCUAGUUUAACCACACCAAAACUCCUGCCCGCAAGUAGAGGACCGCCAAACAACACCCCGCAAAGCACUCCGCUAUUGAAUCCAGCGACAACGGCAGCGGCCACGGUAGAUGGCGGGGACGAUUUUGUACAAGGGGACGUAACACCGUUCGUACUGACUCCCACACCGCAUCCCAAUCUGGACGAUGAGCAGGAAUUUUUAUUGGGUCCGGCUGCCGUAUCCGUUGCAGAUGAUGUUGCUGCGGCAGCUGCAACUAUGAAAGCAGGAGCUGCGCCACGUUUCUUGCCUCAAGGAUCUGGCUCGUCCUCAGAAUCGCGCGAGCCACAUGAUCCACGAGCAGGAGAGCAGCAGAUGGCCGAAGCAGGCGAAGAACAGGAUGUGAAUAAUAACCCGUCGACUCAACAUGCAGAUGCUCAUGGUGAUGAUUUCUAUCAUCAUGAGCUACAGCUUCUCGCGGAUUUUGUCAACAGUCGCAACGUGUUGUUCCAGCUUGUGAACCUCUCCGAGCGAGUGGUCGAACUUUACGAACCUGUGAUCCCCCGUAUGCAGGGGAAUGGAACGUUUCUGGAAGACAUUGACGAGCGGCUCAACCGCGCGCUCUUGUCGAUUUUCCGGGAUAUCAUCAAGGCGAAGGAUUUGAGUCUUUUGAAGGUCGUUCUGUACCAGCAGAAACUGGAAACGGAACACCGCCUGCCCUUCUCGCCCCAAGCCCCCGCCGCGUUUGGAGGCUUCAAGUACGGAGACAAGGAAUAUGCACAAAAAUAAAGACCCAUCCCCAGCCAAUUUGUCAUGCAAAACAUGCAUAAAAUCCAGUGUCUGUCAUGCAAAAAAUGGAUGAGGAUGGGUGUUUUUCCUGGAUAAGGAAAACAAGUUUGCGAGCAUCCAAACCUCGCUGCCGUUCGCGUUAUGGAUUGCAAAGAUGUCUGGGUCUGGAAGAUUGCAACUUGUCAUGCUAAAUCCGAAUCAUGCAAAAAUCUGUAUUGCAUGAUUGCCAAAAGAGGUCCACUUUUGAACAAGGCUCGAGGCAGUUUCUCAUGCAGAAUAGGCAUGAAAGAGACCUCACAGACUCUGUCAUGCUAGGCCCCGCAUUCCAGACCUCGAGGGUCAUGGAAAACCUGCAUGACAAGUUCGGACUCUUCCAGACCCAGACAUUUUUACAUUUGAUACGCGUCACCCCUGCACGACGUCGUGGAGUACGGCGAUGUGCAUCUGUUUAUGCAUUGCAAAAGUAUCGUACUAGUAUGAAUAGCAUCACAAAUUUCCUCAGCAUUAGAAAUGGAAUUUGUAAUGCGGAUUCCACCAAAGAAAGGGAUUUGUAAUGCAUGACAGCGAUUUCGAUUUGUACGAGUGCGAUACUUUUGCACAGGAUAUUGUUGCGGCAGUUGCUCGUACCGGAGCCACAGCUUUCCUUUCCGAAGAAGGAGACUGUGCCUGAAGGUGCAGCAGCUGCAGCAGCUCCCGGUCUACUUGCCGGUACUGAGGGGGGAAAAAGGACGGUAGCAGCAGCUGGCGCCACUGUUUGUGGCACUGCCGGAGGAAACGGAGACACCACCUCCAUGUCUAUGCAAAGAGUACUAGACUGUGUCUCUGCUGUUCUCCCGGAUCCCGUGGGCGAAACGAAUUUUGAUCGUCAGUGUAGCAGGGCUUCCUCGGCGCCCGCCUUGGGUGGCGACGACGACUUGGGUGGCGACUUUAAUUAUGAACGCCAAUGUAGCGGCCGAAGCCGGCUUAGUGCGGCUUCCUCGGUGUCCGACGUCGCUGGCUUAGAAAGCGCAAAUUUUUCAAAUUCAAUCUGGAACCGCUGGGCGGGCUCACUGGACGGAACGAAUACGACCGGGGAAUGGGCUGCGAGCGAUGUUGCAAUCGGUACUAAAGAUGACGAAAUCAGUCUACAGCCAAAUAAGCCCGCACCGAAAUACAAAUACCCGGACCUCGCCCCACCAGUCCCGGCCGUCACCCUCACCCGCAAAGCGGACGAGCGGGCGACCUACUUUUUGUUUGCGAAAAAAUUCUUCCAGCAAACAAACACACACGGCGAAACGCCGUUGCUGCAAGCGGCGAGGAAGGCCGACAUUUCGCAAGUCCGUCUGCUGCUCGAGUUCUUCCCAGUGGCCGCUUUGACACAGCCAGAUUUCGACCAGCAAUCGAUUUUGCACCUCAUUGCCCGGUGGGACCUGGAAGAAGCUUUUGCCAACGAAAUCACGGAAAUCCACGCACGGGGCAAAGACACGACCGAUAAUCCGGACCACGGGCCCGCGUUCGAUGUUGUUUUGCCGGGCGAAUGGGUACCGCCAGAGGAGCUGGUAAAAUUAUUGAAAAGGAGACACGAAGAUGAAGUAAAAUUGUUGAAAAGAACUCAGUACUUCAGCUGCAACAUGCCUCCGCGCCAAGAAACACCAUUCCCGUUUCACACGGGCGAGCGCGAAGGCGCGGAACUGCAGCCGCAUGCAUUCAUUGGGAGCGAUUCAGCCGCUCGUGAUGCUAAUAACCUCCUUCCCUAUCCGCCCCAGCAAAUCCGCACGAGCGGCAACAGUUUUCUGUCUGCAGCAACCGACGGCCCCACAAGCAAAUCGGAUGAGGUUGAGGAAAGGACAACCCCAGCGGCGUCAAGAUCUAGUAGCUUUUUGCAGACGGGAACAAAUAACGAUCUGUCCUCCGAGUAUAGUACGCCUGCGUCCGCCACCGCUGGCGCUGGCGCCGGAACUUUCCAUCCGAGGGAGUUUCUCCUGGAAAAAGCGAAGAACUCUUGCACGAGCGCGAGCGGGAACUCCCUUUCGAAACUGAACACCAGCUCCCUGAAAGACUUUCCGACCCCGAGCACGGUCUGCAGCGUCGGAAGCAGCGGGGGCCCAAUCUCCCCUUGUUCAACAUCCGGCGCAGCCGCGAGCGGCCAGUUACUGUGUCGGAGCAAAUACCACACGCCAAAAGCGCCGUUGCUGCCGAUGGCAGCGAUCAACGGCAGUAGGGUAAAUACGACCUCCAGUACAUGCACCCCGGAGCUGCUGUAUCCAGAUGAAGCGGAUGAGAUGGACACCGAUCACGAAUACGACGAUAGCUCGCCUUUGAUGGACGCAACCUUGCCGCCCUCGGUCUCCGAGCACGAUCUGGCUGCGAUGGCGGGGAGGAGUGGUAAUGCUGGGUCGACUAAUGUUGAACAGGAGCAAUGGCCGCAAGGUGGAGUAGCCAGAACUACAACCGCAGAAUUCCAGUCGGAUGUGAGGGAAGUUGAGAGGCGUAUCAAAAAGGAUUACUUUACCUUUGUGGAGAAAACAGACAAGCUCGCACUCCUAGCGGAGUACGUGCGCUUGAUGCAAGCAUUGAUGAGUCGGUUUCCCGCCCGCGUAGAGCUCCACGAGCAAAUCGGACUGCUUUCCGCUUCGUCUCACAAACAACGGGCGUCACAACGCGCCGCCACCGCCGGCGCAGACACGGAGUGGGAUAAGAAAAAGAAAAGACCCGCUUUGGAAAAGUACUGAUACAUGUUUUUCAUGCGUGGUCGCGCGUUUGGUAAAAUAGAACUCCAGUUAUAGUUAGUGAAAGUGAUCAUGCCUGGAAAUUCAAGUUAUUACCAACCAGAAACUAACUGUAUUAACUUCCAAAUCUAAAAUUCAGGUGGGUUGCCAGCGUGACACGCCUCGAAGAAGAGGAACACUACUCCGCUAGCGUGGCGCUCCGCAGCCCCCGUGCAUCAUCUUCAUCAUCCCCGAGCCCGACAUCCAGCGGAAAUAUUAAACCGUUCGACCACGCUACUCCCACAGCCGAAUCCCGGCAGAGAAUUGCGGAAUUUCUGGCCCUGUUCACCACAUCCUCAGUCAAGUUCCAGAUGCUGAAGGAACGCCGGGAGGAGGAGUUAAAAAAACUGCGCAACCGGCAGACAAACUGGGAGCACCAGCAACACUUCUAUUUCGUGAACCGUAGCAUGACCGCCCCCGGCGAUGCGAAACGGAGGGAUGAGAAAGUCUGGGUGCGGAAUCUACCGGUCGGGAUGCCGGAACUGCGGACACAGCGAACAGCGGUAGUCGAAGCCUACAUCCGGAAAAACCACCUCUUCUUCGGCAUGCUGCUCAACAUGCUUGCGAAUUUCGAAGUGAACGUACAAUGUCAACCUCAGUGCUUUUCACAAUGCUUUGUUACGCUGUAUCUCAUUUUCAAUGCGCUCCACUGCUAUGACUGAUGAAUCAUGUUGUCUUUCGGGAAUACUUAAAGAAAGAAAAAGAAUCGAGAUCGAAAUUAUUUUGGGACAGCAAAACCCCGCGCCACCCGCAAAGUCACCUACUUGCUCUUGCCCGCCUAGUAUAGCAAGUGCGAUGAAUGUUACAAGUGAUCGCUGCCGCCCGCUCGCGCGCCCAUGCCGCAUGCCCCGCCCGCCCGCUGCCUAAAGUUGUAAACUACAUGUACCUACUACUAGCAGUUGUCCUGGUAAGAUAUUCAACUUGCAUCGCGCGCCGCACCUGAAAACUCGUUGCCCUCAACCUCACAUUUAAGAUACCUAGACAAGAAGAGUACAUGUUUUUCGGAUUGCACCCUCAUGGGGUUUUUCAUGUUGAUUGAUACCAUAUAGUAUGACAUCCCUGUUUUCGCUCGUAAUCUUCUCCUCAAGUCAAUGUCGUGCAUUUAUUUGCCAUGUACACAACCACAAUCAAACAGACUGUUCGGCCCGAGGAGUAUCGGCUGGAUAAGGAAGAGGUGGAGGAGAUCCUGGAUGCGAUAGAUCACCGCGGAAAAAACCUGUGCGCCUAUGUCAAGCAAAUGACAGAGGAACUCAAUCUGCAAAGACUCGCUCGGGCGACCAGACAGCGCGGCGGGUCCUCAUGUAGUAGUACGGCGCUUGCCGCCAGAACAAAUACAAACCAACGCAGAGGUCCUGGUCCUGCGUGCACGUGUUUGAGCGGACUGUGGAGCUUUCUGCAGCAAUGGGUGAUUCGGGGCGACGGUUUUUUUGAGAACAUCGACAUGUAGCAGUCGGAGCACUUACCAGGCAAUUGGAGGUGUAUCUGAUUACAGCGGACCAAACGUGGUCAAUCCAAAACCACACAGAUGGGAGCGCGAACAACUACGUAGGAUCAUGCGCUCCACAACUCCUAGCACAAAAGGCUGUUCUUGUGCCACCAUGACUGGCAGCAUUCGCUUUUUUUCAUCCUGUUGGCUGCAUAGCGGCCGGAACGAAGCAAUGUGACACAGACGAGACCAUCAAAGAACAAAUACGGGAUUGAAGUAGUAUUUCCAUGUAUAAUGAGAAUACAGAAAUCCGCUAUCAGUAGUACCUUUAGAAACAAGCACCAAUUGCAUGUAUUGUUUCGCCAUGAUUUUUCUGCUACGGUGCCAGACGCAGAGGAUAACGUUUUAGCGCACUUUGUGGCAGAAGAAGCAUGACAGGAACGUGCGUGUCACUGCUGAUGCGAAGAUCGAAUUUAUUAUUCAGAACUUGUUUUACCAUAAGUACAUUAGGUUUUGAGUUGGAUUGUUUGGCCGGGCGGGCAUCUCGCCGCUUAUUGCCAAGCAUCAGACUCAUCAAAUCUUCCUUUUAAUAUUCACAAAAAUGCGGGGGCGCAGCAUCUACAAAUGACGAAUAUGCGUUGACUUAAUCUUUUGCUACAUUAUACUUUCAAUAUCGAGAAAAUAGUAGAUUACGAAUACAAAAAAAUUGAAUGUGCAUGUGGCCUCGCUUGUUACAGCGGGGCUAGCACUAACAUUAAGUCAGAUCGAAAUGCAAAUCGCUGCUGGCGGCGCGGUUUUACUUUUAGUUUUAUCUUCUAAGUGAACACGUGCGUCGAGGAUGGCGCUUAAGAAAAUUCUAGAAAUUUGCUACACUACAAAGUCCAUUUCCGUUGCACUGGAAUAUCUUCAAUGAUAUUGCAUUUACAACAUGAAAAUGCCAAUUCUCAAUAUGUACAGAUUCGUGUGGAAAAGUAAAGAAUGUCAUCGCGAGAAAUGAGUAUCUUCGCGUUAUGGUUUCAUUGCUGAGCGCAAAAAGAAACUUAUCUUCCGGUCCAGUUACUGCAAAUUCAUUUCAGCCUCGUCAGAUUACACAGGAGCUGUCGGCUUGUUGGGCGCAGGGCCAGCCCUCUUACAAUAUUUCGUUGAAGUUUUGUAGUUUUCUUUCCACAGUACUGCAAAUAGAAAUAUGCAGCUCGGUAUUCUUGGUUCACUAGAUUAUGAUUUUCUUUUCUUGUCUGGUUGGGUUUCUUUCAUCUUCACUUUGGUAUUGAUGCCGUUUUCGUUUUUCAAGCUAGCCUCACCCUAGUAUGUUGGUAUGGAGCCGUAUAUUGUUGCAUGUGUGCUUUUGCUGCAUGGCCGUUGAUCCGAAUUUUCAUUUUCUUGUAAUGAAGAUGGAGAACAAAGCACCGAGACGUGGAGCUUGUUGAAGUUAAUUAAACCGAUUCGCGUCUGUCAGUGCCUACUGCAAUGAUGAUCAAGCCCCAUCUACUUCCGCAAAAACAAAAUCCAGUGCCAGAUGAGGCCGAGGCAAAGCGAAAGUCGGUGAAUUCGAUUGUUUCUGAAAAACAAGGUCGAGAAGUAGGCGGGCGCCAAGGUAUCAUGAACGUGAACAACUUAGCACCACAAAAGUAAAUGAAAAACCCUCGACUGAGGUUGCACUGGCGAAUUACUCUGACCUGACUACAUUGCUUUACCUUCUGCCUGAUGAAAACACAACCCCAGCACAUGAUCAAGAUGAUGUAGUUACAUUCACAACUACGUGAUUAUUGAU